AUGAAAAGCAAAAUCCACCAUCAGCCUCAGAGCAAUAAUGGUGUUGUAGGUAGCGACAAUGGGAGCAGAAGUGAGUCUCCAAGCCCGCCAUUAUCUCCGAGCCGCCGUGUACCGCGCCGUCAAAGGCGGCAAACUCUAUACAGAGCUUCCUCUUUCUCUCUCCGGAGAAGGCUCCGUUACUUCCUUCUCCUUCCAAUGAUUUACGCCUCUGGGCUUCUCAUGUGUGUCGGUCCUUUCUCGGGUCUCGUCGGGUGGGUUCAUGCUCCCGGGUCUGUUUAUCGGAGCCCCGAGAUUUACCGGAAACUCCGAGAUGACAUUCUCUCUGACAAUUCUACCGCUCUUGAGUUUUCUUCAGUGUGGAAAUACAAAAGAAAACCAAAAAUGCCAAAAGCUUGUCCGAAUUCAACAGUUUCAUCACAUCUUGGUCUUAACAGAGAAUCAUCAUCAUCUCCUCUUACACCUAGCGGUUACUUGAUCGUGGAGGCAAAUGGCGGUCUUAAUCAGCAACGUUCCGCGAUUUGCAAUGCUGUGGCUGUUGCCGGACUCCUAAACGCAGUCUUAGUCAUACCCGAAUUCGAAUUUCAUUCCAUUUGGAAGGAUUCAAGUAACUUUGGGGAUAUAUAUGAUGAGGAUCACUUCAUAUCGAGCUUGGAAGGUUAUGUGAAAAUCGUGAGACAUGUUCCGGAUGAGAUAAUGAGCCGUUUUAGUCACAACCUUACAAGCAUCCCUACUCUUCGCGUUCAAGCUUGGGCCACUGUGAACUACUAUAAUGGGGAAGUGUAUCCUGUCUUAAAAGAACAUGGGGUUAUACGGAUAUCUCCGUUCGCAAAUAGAUUGGCGAUGAGUGUUCCACCAUAUAUCCAACUUCUGAGGUGCAUAGCUAAUUACAAAGCAUUGAGGUUUUCUUCUCCUAUAUCAACACUGGCUCAAAAGUUAGCUGAUCGGAUGGUUGAGAAAAGCUCUGACACCGGAGGAAACUAUGUCUCCGUCCACCUUCGGUUUGAGGAGGACAUGGUGGCCUUCUCAUGCUGUCUCUACGAAGGAGGAAGAGCUGAGAAAUCUGAAAUGGAUUUGAUUAGACAGAAAAGUUGGAAAGGGAAGUUCAAACGUGUCAUUAGGCCUGAGCUUAACCGCGUUAAUGGCAAAUGCCCCCUUACACCGUUAGAGGUUGGUAUGAUGCUUCGAGGUAUGGGAUUUGAUAACAAAACAUCGAUAUAUUUGGCUUCGGGGAGAAUCUACAAACCUGAGAAGCAUUUGGCUCCACUCAGGGAAAUGUUUCCUCGUCUCUACACAAAAGAGUCUCUUGCAACUCCAGAGGAGCUUGCACCAUUCGAGGGAUAUUCUUCGAGAAUGGCUGCUUUGGACUACACGGUGAGCUUGUUGAGCCAAGUGUUUGUCACAACUCAAGGUGGAAACUUCCCUCAUUUCUUGAUGGGUCAUCGGAGAUUCCUCUUCGGUGGACAUGCUAAAACUGUCAUACCCGAUAAACCAAAACUCGUUCUCCUUCUUCAAGACAUGGGUCUCAGGUGGGAAGAUUUCAAGAAGGAGAUGAGAGUGAUGCUAGGGGAAAGCGAUAGAAAGGGAGUGAUGGUGCCUAGAUUGAGGAAGAUCAACCGGAAAACUUCUGUUUACACGUACCCUUUACCCGAAUGCGAAUGCAUCUUCCAUUUGUCUCCCAAUUCUUCAACUACUGGAAACAUUCACAAUCUUGGAGCUCUUCAUCCAACUGCAAACCUCGUCAAUUCUGCAAGACUAUUAUAG